AUGGCCCCUUCAGCAAUAAUCGAUCCGCCAGCAUCAACGACGCCGAGAUAUGUUGACGGCGCCUUGAUCACCGACGUUGAGAAGCACGGCGACAAUCCCGUGGUGAUCCGUCUGACGGAUGAGGAGCUUCAUUCGGGGAAGACGCGGCCAGAGACCCUGCAAGAAUGCCUCAAGUAUUUCCAUCGAGACGGGUUCGUGGUGCUGGAGAAUGCCAUCCCCGACGAGCUGGUUGACCGCUUGUACAACCGGAUGGUGAAAGACAACGUCGAGUUCCUCCAGAAGAAGCACAUGCACUGGAACCAGGGUGCUGCCACGGGCAAUGUCAGCCAAAUCCCACCGCUUGAACCCGAGUAUCUGGACCGCGACUUCUACGCGAAUCCCCAUAUGAUCCACGUGGUGGAAAAUCUGCUCGGACCCAAACCGGAGCUUCGCUUCAUCAACAGCAACGUCGCCUGCCCGGGUGGCACGGGCCGCCAGGCCGUGCACAGCGAUGUCAGCCACGACUGGCCCGUGAUCCCAUUCGGGCUUGUCAUGAACAUCUACCUCCAGGACUCGGACGAGAGCAACGGCGUGACGGAGGUGUGGUGCGGCACGCACAACGCCUACCCGCAGAAGGACCAACAGGCGUUCCCGGAGCGAGGCUGGAUCAAGAAAGAGUACAUCCAGAAGCAGGCCAAGGUCAAGCCGCCCGUGCAGCCCAAGGUGCGCAAGGGCAGCAUCUGCUUCCGCGACCUGCGGCUCUGGCACGCGGGCAUGCCCAACAAGAGCGACAAGCACCGCAUCAUGCUGGCCAUUGACUACUUUGCGCAGUGGUACCAGUGUCCCAUGACCACCAAGCUGCCCCUCGCCGUCAAGGACAAGGUCGAGCGCGAAUGGGAGGGCAUCUCCACCGCCGGGGUCGAAUGGGUCGAAGGGGAUCUCAACAGCCUGGAUGUGCCCUUCUACCUCAACAUGACCCAGGAUCCGAACCUGUAUCUGCUGCAGACGGAGAAAGGCUUCCAGGACCCCAGGGGCAGGCAGACGGGCGAGUACAAGUUCGAUACAGUAAAGGUCUCGGACCAAAACUACUGGACUCCGGAGUGA